UACAAUUAAUAAUGACGUUUUUUAUGUAUUUGUAAAAAUAUUCAUUCGCAAUUGCAAUAACUGUUGCUAAGACAUAUCGGAACCAGGCAACCACGGAAUUAUGAUACCUAUUAUAGAUUUAUUCAUAUCACAAACUCCGCCGUGAGUGUAGUGAAGAACGCUCAUAAUUUUAUAUGCACACACAUGAUUUACAGAAAACUGACGGUACAUGGUACAAUUAAUACUUUAUAGCAAAUACAUAUAACAAGUAAAGUAAUUUGCAAUGGAUAACACACUAAUGGUAGAUGUGCUGGCCGGUGUUACCGGCGGAUUUGCGUCCGUAUUCGUGGGCCAACCGCUGGAUACAGUCAAGGUGAAAAUGCAAUUGUUUCCCAAGAUGUAUGGUGGCAUGUUUUCGUGUUUAUCAAAUACCAUCCGACAACAAAGUUUGUUUGGUCUGUACGCGGGUAUAGUGCCGGCACUCAUUUCGAAUGGUGCUGAUGAGGCGGUUAUGUUUGGCACUUACGGCCAGUGUCAGAAAAUAGUGGCUAAAUCGGUCGGGGCAGGCGAUACGACUGAUUUGAAUUACAUAGAAAAUGCAGCGGCGGGAAGUUUAGCGUCAUUUUUUUCAGCUUCAGUACUUUGCCCAACCGAAUUGAUAAAAAUACGUAUGCAAGGAAUAAGCAAUGACGUUAUAAGUAAUGAUAAAUUGCCAGAUCAAACAACAGGUCAAGUUUUUAAAAAAAUCUGGAAAUCUGAAGGAUUUAAAGGUCUAUAUCGUGGACUGGGAUGUACAAUAGUCAGAGAGUUUAUAGGUUGUACAUUAUUCUUCGGUGCAUACGAACGAGCUCGCGAACUGCUAAAACCAGAAGGUAAACGAAAGGAAAACUGUGAUGCUGUAGCCACAAUGAUGGCGGGAUCUAUAGCCGGGAUAUGCACGUCGUUGGUAAUUUACCCAAUAGAUGUAAUAAAAUCCCGUGUGCAGAUGGCAGUAAAAGAGAAUGAAUUUCAAAUGAUUCGAAAAGAAAUUCUAAGUAGUGGUUCACGAGGAUUGUACUCUGGUCUAUUACCAACAAUGGUAAAAACUAUACCGGUCACCGGAGUUUUGCUGCUCACCGUGGAGUUUUCAAAACCAUUUUACCGACAUUUUUUAUCAGAAGUUCCAAAUUCACUAGCAAGUGUUUCCCACGAAAAGUUUUUUUCCGUUUGUGAUUUUGUAUCUGGAUGGAUAGCUGGUAUAGUUUCUACAUUAGUGGGACAUCCAAUAGACACAGUAAAAGUAGUACAACAAGUGACUAAUGAUAAUGUAAAAAAAACAAUUAGAGAUAUUUACAAUCAAGAUAAGUUGAAAGGAUAUUUUAGAGGAAUGAUGUUUCCGAUCUUAAGUGUAGGCGUUGCAAAUUCGGUAUUUUUUGGAACUUAUGGUAACGUGAUGAGAUUAAUCCAAAUACAACGCGACGACAGUAAAACAAAUAAAAAUAUUGAUGUAAGAUUUUGCUAUGAUAAUGACAAUCUACACAAAUAUUGGCAUUUGGACGUAUUUAUUUCGGGUUGUUUUGCCGGUUUUUCUUAUGCGUUGAUAAACACACCAAUUGAAGUUAUCAAAACAUUGUUACAAGCAAGGAAUGUUUCAACUUUUAAGCAAGAAAACGGGGAAAGUUCAAAAAAAACUGAGCCAUUAAAAACGACUAGUGCAUAUAAAUUAAUGAUCGAACUUAAUAAGAUCAACGGUAUACGUUCACUGUAUCGAGGUGGAACAUUAUUGUUUAUUAGAGAUGUUCCUAGUAUGGGAAUUUAUGUGCUAUCAUAUGAACAUGUAUGUAGCAUGUUAAUGAAAUUAUCACAUUCUGAAACCAAAGUAGAGUCAAUGCCAAAAUAUGUGCAAAUUAUGUCUGGUGGCGUAGCAGGUGUACUAAGUUGGAUUUUGGUGUUACCGUUUGACGUGAUCAAAUCAAAAAUCAUCACAGACGAUCUCGCGAAUCCGUUGUACAAAGGUGCAUGGGACUGUGCAAAACAAACUUACAAUAAAGGCGGCUUGAUAAGUUUUUCACGAGGUUUUUGGUUACUCUGCUUACGGGCUUUUCCCGUUAAUGGGAUAGCGUUUGCAACGUACGAAACGAUUAUAAACAGUUGUAGAUUCGAAAAUGCAGACCAAUUCAAGAGCCCUACGGUAGAAUCAAAGUGGAUGUGAUUCAGAGUAUUUUAAUCAAUUAAAAUGGUGUACAAGUAGUUUAUUAGUUAUAAGUGUUAAAUAUUUAGAUGAACGGAGUGUAGUACUAUAGUGAACUAACAUUUUGCGGUGUUUCUCUAAACCCACUCUACUCCGCUCAUUUAUAACCUUUAAAUACUUAUUACUAAUUUACCAAUACAUAUUUUAUAUUCAUUUUUAAUGUAUCAAAAUAUUCCAAAAAUAUUCUGCUUUAUAUUUUUUAAACUAAAUAUAAUACGAUUAUUAGUUUUAUAGUUAAA